AUGGGUAACAAAAUAUCUGAAAGCAAACAUAGACAAAAUAUUUUAUAUAAAAAUAUAAAAAAUAAAAUAAAACAAAAAAAUGAUAUUGAUAUUAAAAGUAAUCUAUAUAUAUGUAAGUUAAAUGAAAAAAAUUUACAUAACAUUAAUAAUGAAAUUUUUGAAUUAUUUAACACAUAUGAAGAAAACGAAACAGAGAAAGAAACCAAAGACAAUAAAGAAAAUAAAAAUAAAUAUGUAAAAAUAAAAUUUAAAAAAGAGAAAGAUAUAGAGAAAGAACAGAAUGAAAAUAUUUAUAAAAAGAAAACUGAUAAUAUAGAAGAUAACAUAAUUAAAAAAAAUAAGGAAAAGCAGGAUGAAGAAGAAAAACAUCUAAAAGAUAUAAGUGAACAAAAAAAAACUAAUGAAAAUCCUAAAAAAAAUUUUGAGUUAGAUUACGGAUAUUUUUAUAAUGUAGAAGAAAAAAAUAAUCAUAAUAAAUUUUUAAAGAAAAAAAAAUUAUUAAAACAUAUGGGAAAAAUAAAAAACGAAAAAGAUCAAAAAUUAAAAAACACAGAAACAGCUGAAAUUGUACUAUUAAAAACAACAGAUAGUUUGAACAAAAAUAUUAAAAGUAAUGAAAUAAAUUAUAAUAAUAAUGAAAAUAUUUUUUUUAAUGAGGAAAAAAAUAACACUACUAUAAUUAAAAAUUCACAUAUGGAUAAUAAAGAAUUUUUUAAGUCAUCCUUUAAAUGUAUUGAAUUAAAACUAUUACCUGAUGACUCAUAUACUAGAAAUAUAAAAGGCAAUACUCCGGAGAUAAAUAAUAGUAAUAAUAUACAAAUAAAAGAUAAUAAGAAAAAAAUUAAUAAAGUUUUAAAUAAAUUUUUAAAUAUAUUUAAGGAAAAAAAAAUUUUGCAGAAUGUAUUAUCAUUUUUAAACUGUAAAGAUUUAUUAUCAUUUCAAAAAACAUGUUCCAUUAUCUAUAUCUAUGUCAGCGAUUUUUUAGAUUAUAUAUGUUUAAAUAUUUAUUAUAAUUUUAAAAAAAUAUAUGAUUUAUAUUUUACACCAAUUAAUUUCUUUUAUAAAUAUGAAUAUCUUUAUACUGAUAAACCAUCUUUUAGGCUAGAUUGCAUAUUAAUUUCAAAAAUAAAAAAAGGAUGUAUAGGUUACAAUAAUAGAUUUGGUUAUAAAUACAAUUAUAUAUAUGAUAAAAGGAAAAGUAACUACUAUGUUUACUUUAAUUUUAAUGUCUUAAAAAAAAAUUCAUCAAGAACUAUUGAGAUACAUAAGGAUAUUUCAUAUAAUAAUGGUGAUGAUAUAAAUGUCUCUCAUAUAAUAAAUAAUGAUGUUUGUUCAAAUGAUUAUAUAUGCAUACCAAUAAAUUUAUAUAAUUGCAUUGGAAAUGUUGAUUUUAAUUCUAUAAAUUUUAUAUCAAACAGAUUAAGUAAAUAUAUAAUUUAUAAUAACCAGUUAGAUGAUCAAUUAUGGUAUAAUAAGGAGGAAUAUGAAAUUUUAAUAAAAGAAAAUAACUUAAUUACUUUUGAAUCUUUACUGCCACACCUAAAACAUAUCAGCACAAUAUAUUCUGGAAUAGAUGUAACUGUUAUGAAAUCCAUAUAUAAAGCUGUUCAACCUGGAAAACUAGGUAAAAAAAGUUAUAAUUUAUGGGGUAACUAUUUUAUAAUAGCAAGCAAAUAUGAUCCUGUUUUUACUUUUUUAAAAAGAGAAGGUUUGCAACAUGAUUAUAUUUAUCAUAAUUUUUAUUUAAGAGUUGGUGAUUCUGUCGUUUUUUAUUUAAUUAAAGGAGGAAAUAAUAUUUAA